UAUUCAUAGUCAUCAAUCACUCUCACUCAUGAACAAUGAUAACACAUCAUUCUCCCACAAGCCUCUUUCAUCAACCCCUAAACAAACUGCAAUAAAAACCCAAAAAUCCUAUUUUUCCCUUCCCUAAUUCCCCUCUCUCAUCUCCCCUUCCUACCUCCUCCGCUCCGCCGCCGUCCAAUGAGCUCAGUAUGCAAAUCCGCCGUCGGCUGCGUCGUCGACUCUCGCCUUCCCCUCCGUUCAUCUUACGUCAAUCUCUACAAAUGGGCUGAAUCCGACGCCGAAUUCGUCCGUUCCGUCGCCACCGCCGGCGCCGGCUCCGCCCCAUUUCCCAACAGCAGAGCAGUUAUGGAGCCAAGCCACAGACUUGUCGACAGCUACUCUUCCCGGCAGAUGUAUCUGCGGAGCUAUACUUUCUCGAAGAAGGAGACGAUGCCGGAGAAGACAGUAAAGUGUUUUGGGAAGGUGAAGGAGAAAGCCACCGACUUUCCCUUCUUACAUCAUCAAAGGAAGGAUAGUGGUGGAAGCUUUAGCAGUUUUAUUACAUGUAGGAGCUGUAAUAAGAAGAAGAAAGGGUGCUCAGUUUUCUACACGAUUUUCCGUCGGCUGCUUACUUGUACUAUGAGUGUUGAUGUCGCAGAGGCCGACUAAGGCGGCGACGCCGCCGCCGCCGGCAGCUCGCGCUUUGGUGGGUAGUCAUUGCAUUUGUUGUGCUUCUUAUUUGGUAAUAGUUUUGACUAAUUUAUAUGAAUGAUUAUGCUUUGAAUGUGUUUGUAAAUUUUAAGCUAUGUGAACAAACUCUUUGUGUGAAAUGGAUGAAUGUAUU